AUGUACCCUUUCACCAACAACGCCACGCUGAACCCAGCUGCCAUGAUGAACUUUGCCACAGCAACAACCAACAGAGGUGUCCCAAUGAACUUGAGUUCAUUCCACAACACAUCCAUUGACACUGGCGACAGGAUGAUGAACAGAAACAAAGUUUCUCGCCAAUCUGCUUCUGGAUCCAUUGGCAGCCUUGCUAUCCGACCAAACGAUGUCCUUUGUGGGCGGGGAAAGAUCUCUUUCAACCACAGUGGCAACCGUCGAUUCCGUCACAUCAUCUCCCAAUCGAUUGAUGAAUACCGCCAAGCUACCUCCAAGUGGGAAAAGUCCCUUGUUGCGGCUCGUCUUGUGUCUGUGAUUCACGCUUCAGGAGGACGAUUCCUGAAACAAAAGAAGGACAACGAAGAUGAAUGGUAUGAGCUCAGCGCCUCUGAAUCCAAGUCCAAGGUUUCUCAUGCCAUUCGGGAUGCCAUUGCUGCCACCAAACAAAGCCGAAGACCGAGCCAGGAAGCUCGCGGCAUUGUGGUAGCCAAGACAGAUGUCGCAGCUGAGAAGCCUGCCUCUGAAAGACCCACGGUGGCAGUCACUACAGGUGUCACCAGCAAAGGAAGCCUCACCAAGAUGGUCAAGCCCCAUUACCGAGGAACCUGGUCUUCGAACUCCCUUGUUUCCUUGACCGAUGACGGUGAUGAAAAGGAAACAAAGAAGCCCGAUUCUGUCGCUUCGAAGUUGAACGAGAGCUGGACCUCUUCCUCUUCUGAAGAGGAAGACAGCUCCGACAGCACUGAAGCCGGGUACGACGAUGACUUCGUGGUUUACAUCCAAUCCAUGUUGGGACCCUCCCACCGCUGA